GCCAAGACUCAAGAGGCACCUGGAGAUCAAGCUUUAGGUGAGCCACGUGCACAGGAGAUUCAUCAGGCCCAGGACCAAGAUGAUAGUGAUGGCACCUCUGCAGACCCCGUGCUGCGCGCCACAAGUCCUGCCAACAUGCAGCUGAUGCAGCUGAGUUGGGAUAACCCCAUGCAGCAUUCGCACUUCAAAAGAACCGUCCUGUCCAUCUGGAAGAUGAUAGCCAGUCACAGAUACAGCGGCCCAUUCCUGAAGGCAGUGUCAGAGAAACAAGCCCCGGGAUACAGGGAUGUGGUGAAGAGGCCCAUGGAUUUAACCAGCAUAAAGCGAAGCCUGUCCAAGGGGCACAUCCAGUCCAUGGCCCAGUUCCAGUGCAGCCUGAUGCUCAUGUUCCAGAACGCGGUGAUGUACAACAGCUGCAACCACCACGUGCACCGCAUGGCCCUGGAGAUGCAGCGGGAGGUGCUGGAGCAGAUGCAGAUGCUGGGUGAAGCCCUCCUGUGCUCGGAGGACAGGCUGCGGCUGGGCAGGAGGUGA